AGAGAGACGGAAGGAAGGAAGGAGGUCGGGAAAAAAAAAAAAGGGAAUAACUAGUUGGAAAGAGGAAUUUUAUCGCCUUUAACAGAUUUAUAAUUCAUAACGGUCCGUGUGGGAGACAAGAAUCAGGGCUGAACUUGUCUUCAAACCGGUUAAACUGGAUCUCUGAGACGGUCACUGUGUUUUAUAUAAUCGUGGGUGAAGCACCAGUUAAUGGACUAAUCUAAUGAGAACCCUGUCUGUUCCCUGUGGAGCGUAGAGCCGAGUCAUCAUCCUUAAUCAUUUCAAACAUGAGACAUUUCCUUGUGCUUUGUAGUUAAGUGAAGCUCUCAGGACCAAGCGUCCCGACUUGUGAGGAUCACCUGAAUCAGCCUCUGUGGUAUUUACACAGGUUUCUCGUCCCUUUACUAAAAGCUGAGCCGCGAUGUACGGUAGCGCCCGCUCAGUGGGUAAACCGGAGGGCAACCAGAGCCCCGGACGCUCUCCACGCCUUCCUCGCUCCCCUCGCCUGGGCCACCGGCGCAAUAACAGCACAGGUGGUGCAGGGGGUAAAACGCUGUCCAUGGAGAACAUUCAGUCUCUGAAUGCCGCCUAUGCCACCUCUGGCCCCACGUACCUGAGCGAUAACGAUGCGCCUGCCUCCAUCUCGGACCUGCCAAAGAGCACGAUGACCCUGGGCCGCUCGGGCGCUCGGCUACCCUACGGCAUGCGCACCACAGUGACAGGCAGCAGUCCCAACAUCGCCAGCGACUCCAUUGCCUUCGGGGAUCACCACGUGCCUGCAGCCAUGGCAUCCACCGUGCCACACUCGCUGCGCCAGGCCCGCGACAACACCAUCAUGGACCUGCAGGCGCAGCUGAAAGAAGUUCUGCGUGAGAAUGAGCUCCUGCGCAAGGAGGUGGAUGUCAAGGAGAGCAAGCUCAGCUCAUCCAUGAACUCUAUCAAGACGUUCUGGAGCCCUGAGCUGAAGAAGGAGCGCGCCUUGCGCAAGGACGAGGUCUCCAAGAUGGCCGUGUGGAAGGAGCAAUACCGUGUGGUGCAGGACGAAACGCAGCACCUUCAGAUGACCAUCCAGGCUCUCCAGGAUGAACUGCGCAUCCAGCGCGACCUUAACCAGCUGUUCCAGCAGGACUGCAGUGGGGUGCGGCCCGGGGAACCGUUCUCCGCCGAGGUCACCGAGGAGAACUUCCACCGGCUGCACAGUGAGCACGAAAGGCAAGCCAAAGAGCUGUUUCUUCUGAGGAAGACUCUGGAGGAGAUGGAGCUGCGUAUCGACACGCAGAAACAGACCCUCAACGCUCGCGACGAGUCCAUCAAGAAACUGCUGGAGAUGCUGCAAAGCAAAGGUCUAUCGGCCAAAGUCAGCGAGGAGGAGCACGAGCGCACGCGGCGUCUCGCCGAGGCCGAGAUGCACAUCCACCAUCUGGAGAGCCUGCUGGAGCAGAGGGACAAGGAGACGAGCGCACUCAGGGAGGAGCUCCAUCGUCGCUAUGAGGGAGCGCCUGAUUCUGCGAAGACCAAAGCCCUACAGACCGUCAUCGAGAUGAAGGACUCUAAGAUCAGUUCUCUUGAGCGCGGUCUGAGAGACCUGGAGGAGGAGGUGCAGAUGCUGAAGUCUAACGGAGCUCUAAGCACAGAGGAGAGGGAGGAGGAGAUGAAGCAGAUGGAGGUCUAUCGCAGUCACUCAAAGUUCAUGAAGAACAAGAUUGACCAGGUGAAGCAGGACCUCUCCAGGAAGGACACAGAACUUCUAGGCCUACAGACCAAACUCGAGACGCUCACCAAUCAGUUCUCAGACAGCAAGCAGCACAUCGACGUCCUUAAAGAGUCUCUAACCGCCAAAGAACAGCGAGCUGCCAUUCUGCAGACAGAGGUGGAUGCCCUACGCCUGCGCCUGGAGGAGAAGGAAGCCAUGCUGAAUAAGAAGACGAAGCAGAUCCAGGAGAUGUCAGAGGAGAAAGGCACACUCAAUGGAGAAAUCCACGACCUUAAAGACAUGCUCGACGUCAAAGAGCGCAAAGUCACCGUGCUCCAGAAAAAGAUUGAGAACCUUCAGGAGCAGCUGAAAGAUAAGGAGAAGCAGAUGAGCAGUCUGAAAGAGAGGGUCAAAUCCCUGCAGGCUGACACCUCCAACACCGAUACAGCGCUCACUACACUUGAGGAGGCGCUGGCUGAGAAGGAGCGAAUUAUCGAGCGUCUGAAGGAGCAGAGAGAUCGCGAUGAGCGGGAGAAGGGAGAAGAGCUGGAAACCAGCAAGAAAGAACUAAAGGAGCUGAAAGAGAAAAUCAGUCUGCUGCAGGGAGAUCUGUCUGACCGUGAGACAUCUUUGUUGGAUCUGAAGGAGCACGCCUCAUCACUGGCCUCCUCGGGUUUGAAGAAGGACUCCAAGCUCAAGAGCCUGGAGAUUGCACUUGAGCAGAAGAAAGAGGAGUGUAUCAAACUGGAGAGUCAGCUCAAGAAGGCUCAGACAGCAGCUGCAGAAGCUCAAGCGAACACUGAACUGUCAGAGCGCAUCAGCACCCUCGAGCAUGAGGUGAACCGCCACAGAGAGGAUGCUGGGAAAGCCCAGGCUGAAGUGGACCGUCUGCUGGAGAUCCUCAGAGAGAUGGAGAAUGAGAAGAACGACAAGGACCGCAAGAUCAGUGAACUGGAGAGUUUGACUUCAAGGCAGACGAAAGACCAGAGCAAGAAGGUGGCCACUCUGAAGCACAAGGAGCAAGUGGAGAAGAACCGGAAUGCGCAGCUGAUGGAGGAGGCUCGCAAACGGGAGGAUAACCUCAACGAAAGCUCUCAGCAGAUCAAGGACUCUCUGAGGCAGAAAGACGAACGAAUCGAGGAACUGGAAGAGGCUCUGCGUGAAAGUGUUCAGAUCACUGCAGAGAGAGAGAUGGUGCUGGCGCAAGAAGAGGCUGCACGAACGCAUGCAGAGAAACAGAUGGAGGAGCUACUCGGCGCGAUGGAGAAGGUGAAGCAGGAGCUGGAGUCCAUGAAGGCUAAGCUUUCGUCCACGCAGCAGUCGCUGGCGGAGAAGGAGGCCCACCUGACCACGCUGAGAGCCGAGCGCAGGAAGCACCUGGAGGAGGUUCUGGAGAUGAAACAGGAGGCGCUACUGGCAGCCAUCAGCGAGAAAGACGCCAAUAUCGCCCUCCUGGAGCUGUCGUCCUCUAAAAAGAAGAAGACUCAGGAUGAAGUGGCUCUGCUGAAGAGGGAGAAAGACCGACUGGUGCAGCAGCUCAAACAGCAGACGCAGAACCGGAUGAAACUGAUGGCCGAUAAUUACGAAGAUGACCAUCUGAAGGCUUCUUCGAAUUCCGACCAGAGUAAUCACAAACCCUCUCCAGAUCAGAUUAUUCCCCCUCUCAUAGACCUGAAUCAGAACCGCAGUAAGCUGAAGUUGUACAUUGGCCACCUCACAGCCCUUUGUCACGAGAGAGACCCGCAUAUCUUGCAGGACCUGGCUCCACCCUCAGCUUACCAUCACAGCCAGAGGGACGCCUGGGAGGAGGAGCUGCAGAAGAUGAGCCUGGAGGAGCUGGAAUCGGAGCUGGAGCAGUGCGAGCGAGAGAGCGCCGAGCUGCAGGAGUACGCCAACUCGGUCCUGCAGCAGAUCGCAGAUCACUGCCCUGACAUCCUGGAGCAGGUCGUCAAUGCACUGGAGGAGUCGUGCUGAACGCGCCGCCACGCACUCUUCCACUAUUUUUUUGCCCCUCCCUUUUUUUUUUUUUGGGAAAUCCAGACCUGCUGCGCCCCGCCUCCUGUCUCACCGCUACAAGCUCAAGGACACCAGCGUGCAUCUACAGCCACACUUCCAGACAUGAGACAGGAAGGAAGGACAGGAAGGAGCUGGAGUGUAAAUUGGGAUGAGCAUCAGCACAGGGCACAGCCGAACGAGACUCGCGGGGGUCGUUCCUGCACCCGUCUUCUCCUGACUCUCUGUCAUCACCUAAGUAUCCUCCGCUCUGCUGGUUUACUGCUUCGAGUCCCUGAUGUUUACAGCUCACUCACACACGCAUAAACACACUGAGAUGAAGCAGUAAAGUGCAGUAUUAAAGGAGAAAUCCGUUACGUCCAUCAGUAUCAGAGAAAUCAUAACAUCUUUGCCUUAACAUCACUCUUUCUCUCUCUCUCUCUCACCAAAAAUGUCAUCCUUUCUUUUUUUUCUUCUUUGCUCAUACUGAGCGAGUCAAAUGAAUCGGUCCAGAGUCAAAUGAAUCGGUCCAGAGUCAUGCUCUCCACUGAAUCAAAUCCCACUACGCAUCACUGUAGUUCAAUCCGUAACAUAAUGCUGUUACUACCCAGAAUUCCCUUUCCUGUUAGGUUUCAUAUGUCACCAAAAUAGUUUGGGAGAGCAGAAGAGCACCUUUGAUUGAUUUUUCUUUUUUUUUUUUUUUUUCUUCUUAGGU